ACUCCCUAACACCACCUGCUCACUUAAGCUUUGUCAUGUUGCUGCCACUGCUGGGUGCCUGUGCUGUGGUGGGACCAUUCCAGGGCCCUGAGUGGGAGCCAGUGCGGGGCUCGCUUUCUGAGGAUCGCAGCUGCAGGGACCCUCGGUGCUGUGGCAACCUGCUUGUGAUCUGCCUCUUCCUGAUCUGGCAGGUCCAACACUAUUGGCACCGGGUCACCAGGACCCACCCCAGCAUGAGGAAGGUCACCAAGGUGCCACCGCAGAAGUGGGCCAUGUCCUCCAUGAGACGUGACACUUGUUUGAGGCUGACCCCUGAAUUCUUCCUGAGUCCCGGAGAUUUCAGUGGCCUGGAUGCUCAUGUCCAGCAAUGGGCACAAAAGAAGAUGUAUGAGUACCAGAGGGGCCUCCAGGAAUCAUGGACCCAACACCUGCUCUCUCGGCAGCACUCAUGUCAGGACCCACCUUGGGAUUCCCGCACUCCUUCUGAGCCCAUCUUUGGCACCACCCCUUUUUCAAGCACCUGUAUGCUCCCUCAGGACAGUUCUUGGGAAGCACAGCAGGUACCCUGGUGUCUCAGUGAUGAGCAGUCUCACAUGAUUUGCAAGCCACUAUCCCCUUCCCUGCACAUGCACCGAGGGACGGAGCAGCUGCUCGUCUGCUCCCAGGAAGAACUGAUGCCACUGGGGCUUGUUGUCCCUAAGAGGCCCCACCUCACACCCAUGACUUUAACCACCUCUCUCUCAAACCUCCCUUCAUCUCAGAGGCUGCAUUUCUACUCUGGAGAGUUCAUUCCAGAUCCUUCCAGCCAACAUGAGGGAGUGUCCCCUUGGGAGCCCUGGGGCUGCCCACAAGAGGCCUGGGCACUAUGGACAGAAAACCAGGUGCUAGGCAGAGAGGAUAGUAGAGAGACUCAGGCUCUAUGGUGGGCGAACCAGACAGAGAGCAGUAGGGAAGAUGCUUGGGACAUCCAGGCAACUGGAAGGCAGCUCCCAGUGAACAUUGAGAUGAAGGAUGAUGCAGAGACUAAGGUCCUGGAGUGGAGAAGCCAGAGAGUAGUAAUAAGUAAGACUGGUGGGGAUAUCCUGACACCAGGGCCAAUGAGCCAGGACCAGAGGGGAAUUGAGAAUAGAGCUAAAAUUCAGGAACUAGAGAAUAGAAAGAAGAGGGAGGCUGAAGGUGAGAAUUCUCCUGAAACCCAGACACAUACAGCAGAGAAACAGGAAUAUUUAAGAUGUGAAGCUGAUACAGAGAUUCACAUGCCAGAGUGGGGGAACCAGGAUAAGAGGAGAAAUGGGGAUGCUGUGGAGACCCAGGCAUUUGAGAAGAACAAGAAAGAGGCCAGAGGAGAGGAUGAAGGAGGGACCCAGGCCCAAGGACUGGGGAAGCAGGGCCAGACCGGAAGUGAGAAUGGUAAGGAGACCCAGGUGUCAGGGUGGGGAAAACAAGACAAGAUCAGAGACGAAACUGGCAUAGAAAUUCAGGCACAAGAGAGGAGAAACAAGGCCCAGGUUGGAGGUGAGAAUGCUAUGCGACCCCAGGUAUCUGGGAGGGAGAACCUGGGAGAAGAGAAAAGAGAGGAGGGUGUGGAGACCCAGGCCCUGGGGUGGGGAAAACAGGAAUGCAUUGGAAGUGAGAAUAUUACAGAGAUCCAGACCCUAGGGUGGGAGAAGCAGGAUCGAGGUGGAAGUGAGAAAGCUGGGAAGAUCCAAGCAUAUAGGGGAGAGAUUUGGAAACAACUAAGACAUGAACUUCUAGUGGGGUGGAGAAAUCAAGGCCUGAGACUGGGGGAGGAUGCUGGGGAAACCCACAUAUCUAGAAGGAAGGACCUUAGGGAGAUAAAAGAGGAGGAUUGGGUUGUGAUCCAGGCACCAUGGUGGGAAGAUCAGGACCAGAGUGGAAGUGAAAUUGACAGAGAAUUUGAGAUACCAUGUUGGGGGGGCCAGGAUCAUAUUGGAGGUGAACACAGAGCAGAAACUCAGGCAACAGAGAAGAGAGAGCAGAGAAAAGAUGGAGAUGAGGACAGUAUAAAUACCCUGGCUCCUGAGACAGAGAACCAGGGACACGUAAGACAUGAAACUCAUGUAGACACCCAUCCACCAGAGAGGAGGAAACAGGGGCAGUUUGGAGAUGAGAACAGUAGAGAUGAUCAGGCACUAGGGACAAGCAAUCUGAGAAGUGUUAAAGAUGAAGACAGUAAAGAGACCCAGGAACUUGGGGAAGAAAACCAGGGUCAGUUAAGCAGUAAAAAUAACGGCAACAUUCAUUCACCCAAGUGGAAGAAUCAGGAAUACGUUAGAGGCAAGGAUGGUGCAAACACAGAGGCAUCUGAGGCUGAAAACAGGGGAGAAUUCACAAGUAAAAUUAAUGCAGAAACCCAUUCAGUAGAAUGGAAGAAAGAGGAGCAGGUUGGAGAGGAGAAUGGUGCAGAAAUCCAAGCUCCAGAGAAGACAAGUCAGACAGUAGCUGGAGGUGAGGAUGACACAGAGACCUGGGAAGCUGGAGAAGAAAACCAGAGCCAGUUAACAGGUGUUAUUGAUAGAAAGACCCAUUUAUCAGAGCGGAAGAACCAGGAGCAGACAGGAGGUGAGAAUGGAACAGAAAUUCAGACUCCAGAGAAGAGAAACCAGAGAGAAGCCGAAAGUGAAGAUGCUGUAGGGACCCAGAGGCCUGGGAAGAACCAGGGACCGUUCGAUAACGAAACUGGAGAGGGCCACUCAGCAGGGAGAAGCAAUUGGGAGCAGACUGGAGGAAAGAAGGAGGAAAAUCAGACAUUGGGGAAGAGAAGCCAGAGAGAGGCUGGAAGUGAGGAUGGCAGAAAAACCCAGGGACCUAGGGGAGGGUCCCAGGGGCUGAUAAAUAGCAAAGUUAAUGAAAAGAGCUGUUCAGAGUGGACGAACCAGGAGCAGAUGAGAGGCGAGCAUGGUGCGGACACUCACGCACAAGAGAAAAGCAACCUGAGAGGGACCACAGGUGACGAUCGUACAGAAACCCAGGCUCCUGGGGGAGAUUGCCAGCGGCUGUUAAGAAGUGAAAUUGAUGGAGAGACCCAGAUACAAGGGCAAGGGGACCAGAAUAAGGCUGGAGAGGAUGCGGCAGGAAUCCAGGCUGUAGGGAGCCUGAGAAAGUGCAGAGCUGAGGAGGCCGGAGGCCCUCCCGUUCCAAGGGGAAGACUCAAGGAGCAGGUCAGUCUUCCUGCUAAAGGCAGUCUCCCAGUUGACUCUUCUGGGGGUGGGGGGUCCCCAGCCCUCACAGGCUCUGAAUAUGGGGCCACAGAACAGGAACAGGCAGUGGCCUCCACUCCCUGUCCUGAGACGAAGCCUCUCCCCGACCCGAGUCAACUCUUCCUGCUUGCCAGUGGGGAAGGGGGGCAUCUGGUCAGCCAGAGCAUGGCCUCUGCCAAGAUGCACGGAGAGGAGGUGAGUGUAGCCUCCCAGCAGGCCCCACCUGAAUCCCAGAGAAGCCGACAAAGGGAUACAAAGGUGGAUCCAGGGAAGGCUCCUGGCCUGACUCGGCAGCUCCAGAACUUACAGUUUCUGGCUGCUCCCCUGGGCCUGCCCUCUGCCUGCCCCUCCAUCUCACGUGGCCAAGGCCCCCAAGCUGCCACAGCUCUGGCGGGUGCUCCCAUUGCCCUCACUGUCAUGCCCAAGUGGUCAGUCCUCAAAAAGAGCCAACGACUCCUCCUAGAGUCCCUCAUGCGACGGAAGAUGGCACACCUGAAAUGGGGCCUUCCCCAGCGGAUCCUGGAGUCCCAUUUGCUCUUUAACUUGUUAGGACCUUGCCCACCACCCCUUGCUGGCGUGAGCCUCCCUGGAUUAUACACGGCCUGUAAGUUCCAACAACAGCAGGCAAGGCGUGGUGAGGCCAAUGGCUUCAGGCCAGACCAUCAGUCAACUGGGAGGUCCCAGAGGGCUCAGCCCCAAGAAAGAAAAAGCUCAAAACUUCCUACACAGGCCAGAGCUCUGGAGAAAUGUGGGCCACAGCGGCGCGAGCCCAUGGGCAUUUCCAUCCAUUCUGGAAAGCCUGGGAGAGGCAGGCCGCCAGGAGGCGCCAGAGAACCACAGGCUGUCCAAGAAGAGCCUCCUCCUAGAGCCAAGCCCGCGGCUCUAAGGAACGCCAGGCCUACAGCACAAUCUAGGAGCUGCUGUGGCCAAGAGCCUUUCAGAGAGGCUCGGUGUUCCAGUGGGAGGAACACGGACAGGAAAAUGGUCAGGCCAGGAGUCUCCCAGACGGCAGAGGGGGCUCCCUGUAGAGUGAGGACCUCAUACUCCAGGGCAGGUCACGGCCAUUGGAGAAAGGAGUGCACAUCCCUGGAGGCCCCAAAGUCCCCUCGACUUAAAUGUCAGCAGCCUCCACAUGGGAGGAGAGGGAGGCUGGAGGCUGCAGAGGGCGGAGCUGCUGAGCAGCAGCCUUCCUCCUGCCCCACAGACACUUCCAGCUUCACAGAUGGUCUUCCCUCUGCCACGGUGAGGUUGAGCAUGGCCCUUUCAAACAAGGUAUCCUGGUCCUCACGCCUGGCCAAGCCUCAGCACUCAGCCCCCAGCCUGAGUCUGAGGGGUCCUGACCCUACCCUGCUUCCCAGAGUGGGUGACCGACAUGCAAGGGAGGACAGCCCUGGAGUCCAUACUUCUCUGAAGAGGGGCCUUCAGCCACCAGGUCACUGCUGUGCUGGGGUUGCUCUUCCUAAGGCAGAGCACUUACCGGGGCAAGGGGAACCUGAGGGCCUAAAUGGAGCCCCACGGAGACCACCAGCCCCCCAAAAGUUUGGUUUUAUGAAGCAUUUGAGAUGUUUUCUGCUCCAGCAUGGCUUUAGAAAGUAGGCCGCAGGCCCAGAGUGCUCAGAACACAGAAGAGAAGGCAUGAGAGUGGUCGGCUCACCCUCAAAGUCUCUAAUAAAAUUGGUUACUUGGGCCUGUGGGGUUCCGACAUUUUUGGCA